AUGGAAGAAAUUCCUUAUGCGAAAGCCAUAGGAAGUGUCAUAUAUGUUAUGAUAAGCACAAGGCCUGACAUAGCAUAUGUUGUCAGCACAUUGAGUAGGUUUAUCUCCAAUCCUGGUGAAGAUCAUUGGACUGGUUUAAAAUGGCUUUUAAGGUAUCUAAAGACAACCUCAAACUAUGGUUUGAAGUUUGAAAAGACUGGUAGUACAUUGAAGCUAGAAGGAUUUGUUAAUGCUGAUUAUGCAUCAAACAAGGACACCAGAAAUUCGAUUACAAGCUACUGUUUCCAGUUGAAUUUAUGCUAUAUAAACUGGAAAUCUCAGCUGCAACCUGUUGUUGCUUUGUCAACUACAGAAGCCGAGUUUAUGGCCAUAACAGAGGCCUUCAAGGAAGCAACAUGGAUCAAUGGCAUUCUGCAAGAAAUCAGCAUGUUGAAAGGAAAAGUUUCAGUAUUUUCUGAUAGUCAAUCUGCAAUUCACUUGAGCAAAAACCCAGUCUACCAUGAGAGAUCCAAACAUAUCGACAUUAGGAUGUUUUGGAUCAGGGAAAAAAUAGAAGUUGGAGAAAUCGAAUUAGAGAAAGUUCCUACAGAUGAGAACCCUGCUGAUGCAAGAACUAAGGUGCUGCCAAUGAGCAAGUUCAAGCAUUUCAUGGACUUGCUCAACUUUGGACCUGUGUAA